UCUACAAUCGCACUUUCAAAUGCAAUAAGCUGUUACGUGAAACUAUUUAACAUAGAUAUAAGACAUGAACUGAAAUACAGCGGAGUUAAACACGUUACGCUCAAGAUUAAAUUAAGUUGUAUUUAUUCAGAAAACAUAUUUCACCGUCAAAGUGAGGCAAAUCAACAUAAUGAUGCCUACAUCAACCAUCGGAACUGUGCUGUAUUUUUGUUCGAUAUGGAUUCUGUUAUUGAAAACAGUGGAUGUGAAAGGAAUGGCUGUACACAAGGACGAGAAUAGUGAUCUUAAAGUAGAGCAAGACGAUUCAAAACAGGAUAUUAACUUGGGCAUGUUUCAUCAUGUCAAACCGACCGUUUAUCAUUUUGCUCGUCAUGGUCUCUGUAACCACGUACACGGAAAGAUUAAAUUCUACAGAGCUUUUGAGCAACACUUUGUCAACAUUUCAGAUGAUAUGAAGAUCCAGUUUAUCUUAGACAUCUGUGAGAGACGAGAUCAUAUGCUCGACAAGUGGGUCAAAGAAUUAUUCGACAUAAAUAAUGAUGGUUACAUUUCCCACUUUGAAAAGCAACGAAUUGAAUAUCGAUAAAAAUUGACAUUCCGACUCAAAAGUGGACUACUGAAUAAAAUUGUACAUUGCAUAUGUCUACAUUGUUAACCAUUGAUUAGCGUACCACGCUAGGUGACAUUUUCUUUAAUGGUAGUGAAACCACUUUGUCACAAUUGUGGUUAGAUGUAUACAUAAUUCUAGACACUAAUGUUGGUGUUAAUCGAUUUUCUAGUGAUGAGAAAAUUACAACUUGUCUCAAGGUCGGACGCUCAUUGUACAUGUGCAUUUAAGUAUUUUAUAUACAUUAACUUAUUAGUUUUUUUAUUAAAUAUUCUGAAUUGUCUGUGAUAUUACAUCAUAUAUAAUUGUUAUACAUGUGCCAAAAUGUGUGUUUAAGCUUCAGUCUGUGAUAUUUCCAUCGAUAUGUGUAAAAUAUAUGUAUGUGUAUAACAUUCGUCGAAAUCGCCUCUAAUCAGCAUUCAUACCGUUCGGUCAUUAAUUAAGUUGAUUUAUUUUUUAUAUAUUGUGUUCAAGUGCUUUUCUCUGUGAGAUGGUUCACCCUCAAUCGUACAUAUUGAGUUGUGAGUUUGUCUAAUAAAUAAACUGUAUGUUUUCAUAGAUAUGUUUUUGUUUAAAUAGUAUUUGAUUUUUUUAUACUGACACAUGUACUAAGCUUUAUCCAAUAAAACCAGUUUAAUUUAUUAUGCAAUAUGUUGAAAUUAUGUUUCAGACUGAUCAUUAGUUAAAUUUAUUUAAUUUAUUUAUUUAUUAAGUCAUUAACUUAUUUACUUAUUCAUUUGUUAUUCAAUUCAUUUAUUCAUUUAAUAUAUUUUCAUAAAUUUAUUAAUUUGUAUGAGUU